AUGUUUAGUCGGGAAUGGCGUUCUGCUCUCGUAGUUAAAGCUCUAGGGCGGUCCGUCUCGUACACCCUCAUGGCUAAACGUCUGACGAGUCUCUGGGCUCGUGUGAACACGAUCCAAGUGACGUCAGCCAAGAAUGGUUACUUCCUGGUCAGAUUUAGCAGCGGGAUCGAUUAUGAAAGGGCAGUGACAGGUGGCCCGUGGAUGGUGGGUGACAAUUACCUAACGGUGCACCCGUGGACCAGUGAUUUUAACCCGUAUGAACACGAGAUCUCUUCUACCUUGGUAUGGGCGCGACUGUUAGAGAUCCCCAUCCAUUACUUUCACCCUGUGGCAGUGAUGCGGAUAGGGCAGCGCAUUGGGAAGCCUAUUCGUGUGGACCAGGCGACAAGUACGGGGGCCCGUAGCGAUUAUGCUCGGGUAUGUGUUCAGGUUGAUCUCACCAAACCAUUGCUCUCGAAGUUUUCGUUGCAUGGGAAGAAGUAUUUUAUUCAGUAUGAAGGCCUCGAUAAUAUAUGCUUAAAGUGUGGGACGUACGUGACACGAGGUUCAUGUUCAUGCAUGGCCCAAUCAAUGGAGGAGGAGGCUCCUCCCAACGCGAGCAAUGUUGAAAUACCGCCGGAGAAACCAGAUGCCCUCUACGGGGACUGGAUGAUAGCACAAAGGCGACCCCGACCGAAGAAAGAAAGCGGGAACCGAGACAUAGCAACGGGGAAGUCUAAAGUGAACAAUGACAAGACGAGGAAGGAGGGGCCAGGUGGUUCAAGAUAUAAUGUCCUUGUUGUUGAUGAAAUGAAAGAUGACACUGGGACGGGCAAUGCACAGGGGGAGGGUAGUGUUGAGAGGAAUUCUGCGAGUGUGGAGAAAGUGAAGGAACCCAAGAGCAAACAAGUGGAUAAUAAAAGAAAGGAGACUAAAUCAGCAGGAAGCAACUCCGAGAAGACUAGGAAGGGUGAUGGGACGAAGACGAGUAUCAGCUCGGCUAAGAAGCCAUUACAAGUCAAAGGAACAGUUAUACUGACCCAGCAGGCGGGGGAGAAGCCCAAAGAUCCGGUCACAGCCCUCCCAGGUGAGACGCCGCAGUCGAUGCCAAGAUCGACUCAGCCGAGGAUAAUUGUUAAUGGGGUCCAUCCUAUGGAACCCGAGGCUAGUCAAGGACAUAAGGUUCGGCCACCUGACGAGCGAGACAAGCUAAUGGAGAAGUCGGGAACCCCACCCCUAGAGAAGACGAACGAGAUUAUUAUGGAGGGCCUCGUGAAUGAGGCCUCCACAACGUGA